GCAUCAGUGGUUCUUGACAUUUCUUGUGCAACUAGUGACUCUCUCUCACACACACACCUAAGAAAAAGUUCCAGCAUUGCUGCUUACUCACUGUGAAGAGCAAAUCAGCAUGUCACAGCUACAUGUACCUGCAUAAUGAACAACACAUUCUGAAAACAUCUAUUUCUGUCUAAGGGCUUGAAGAACCUAUAUGGAAGUUGGUUAUUGGCAUGAAAACAUCACAUGGUCUAAUAUUUUCUUUAACUUACCUAACAGAUUAGGGGACAUUAAAGCAGUUAUUGUUAGUUGCCAGCUGGCCAAAACUCUCAUAUAUUUCAAAACACUUGCUUUUUACAUCAAUCCAGUGAAACAAGACCAUAAAACAGGCAAGGCAUAAAUAUUACUAUUAAUUUCAAUCUAAACCAAAAAACAGAAGUAACUUGCGAUGUACAGUAUAAUGAACUAUAUGAUCUGUUGUAUGUGCAGCCAUUUAUCAACUGGUUAUUAGCAUAUAGUGUGGUCACUUUGGCCUUGUGUCUUUCAACAUUGUGUUCUGAGCUUGUGUAGCAGCAAUAUUGAGCUUGUUUGUUACCUUUUACGGUUAAAGUUGUCUUGCAGCUGUUUCUUCUUUAUUCCAUGACACAAAUUAUGUGUGCUGUGUCAUCUUUCCCCCACUGAUGAACUUCCCUAAGUGCUAAUAUAUAAGUGAGCUGGCCUCACUGUUGGUACACAAACACGUCGCCUGAUGCUGCAGUAGCCAGACGUCAUCACAGCUGUGAACAGGUUUCUACUGAAGAUGGCAGUGAUGCAGCUCUGGGCAGCGGUUUUCAUCACUUAUGGAGUCGCUACAGGAAUCGCACAGACUUUUCCACUGGACAUGGCUCCACAAUCUGUUGAUGACAUGUACCAAGGCUGUAGUGACAGAAUGAACGCAAAGGCAAAUAUGUACCUGCUGAAUGAGACAAACAUGGACAUGAACUAUAAAAUGGCCUGGCAGAUAUCUGAAAAAGCCUACUGGAGUAAAUAUAAACUGAUAAAACCACUGGAAAAAGAUCUAUUCAGGGCAAUUUAUGUUUACACUCUCAACAAACCAGCAAUCUAUCCUGACCUGAACAAUGCAGUUCGAUCCCAGAAAUCCCAGUAUAAGACCACAUUCAGGUACCAUGCACUUCACUUCUUCCUGACCAGAGCCAUCCAAACUCUCAAAGCUGGGAAGCGUAAAGGAAAAUGUCUGACCAGCUAUCGUAGGACCAGUGUUUACUUCAGUCAAGUUUUUGUCCAGAAGGAGUUUCGCUUUGGCUCGUUCACGUCCAGCUCACGGGGAGAUUAUCUUGGAGCCCACUUUGGGGGCAAGUCAUGCUUUAAGAUUGUCACAUGCUUUGGAGCAGACAUCCAGCGUUAUUCUGUGUAUGGAGACGAAAGAGAGGUUCUUAUUCCUCCUUAUGAGGUAUUUAAAGUCAAAAAAAUAAUUACGGGAACCAAACUAAACAAACAAAAAAGUUGUAACGUGAUCUAUGAAGUGCAGAGUGCAGGUACAUCCUCCAAUUUGAACUGUGCUCUUUUUCAUAAAUGACAAAUAAGAACAAACGUGGUUUAUAUAUGUGAUUAAAAUUCAGAGUUUCAUAUUGUUUCAGUCAUAUUAGUUGUUUAUGUUAUGUAAGAACCAUAAAAUUGAAAUCCUUGACUCAAUAACAGAAAUCUACAUUACAUCAUUACAAUAUUGUUACUGUACAGUACAUUGUUUUUCAUGUUUGUCAUAGAAACAUGUCACAUACUGUGUUCAAAGCUUUUCGGCAUGUAACAACAACCCUUGUCAAAGCAGAUCACAAACAUGCGACACGUAAUAUAAUAUUUAAGUCAUUAUACAUUGUAAUUUUUCUGAUUUUUGCAUCAUUUAUGUGAAAGAAAGAUUUGUAAUUGUUCUAUCAUGUUACCGUAUCAUAAUUGGGUGAAAAGGAAAUAAAAUAUC